AUGACAGCAACACCACAUUUUCUCUUUGCAGCAAUGACAAAAUUACAUCAUCCUGGAACUGCAACAAAUUUGCAUCAAAAUUUAACAACAGUUUCAUCAAAAGAAAUAUCAAUGUCACCACCGGUAAAAGAUCAUGAUGAUUCGGAUUUAUGCGUUGAACAAACAUCAAUUACCGAAUUGGAGACUACUUCAGUAACACGUCGAUCAUCAUCUACAUCAGGAAAUGAUGAUUUAAUACCAACUAAGGAUAGACAUAUGGUGAUGAUGAUGAUGAUGAUGUUGUUGGUGGUGGUAGUUGAUGUUGAUGGUGUUGAUGUUUUGCAUUAUUAG